CCGCCCUCCUCCUUGAGUCCUCCCCCCACCGGGACGGCCGAGUGGAGAGGCCGGACGAAGGCGGCGGCCCCGGCGGCGGCUUUUCCUCGGCUUCGCUGUGCAGCGUGCGCGGCGAGGUUGACCGCCCGCGAGCGCCCGUGACUGAGGGAACAGGGAGAGAGCUCGGGCGGCCGAGCGCGCAGCCUUCCGUGGGCAUUGCCGCCUGGACCUCCCGGAAGGCAUCCCGGGCCGCGGCCGCCACCCGUCCCGCCCUCGUUCGGAGCUGAGACGCCGUCGCCGCGCAAGAUGCCCAAGAAGAAGCCGACGCCCAUCCAGCUGAACCCGGCCCCCGACGGCUCGGCGGUGAACGGGACCAGCUCGGCCGAGACCAACCUAGAGGCUUUGCAGAAGAAGCUGGAGGAGCUGGAGCUGGAUGAGCAGCAGCGGAAGCGCCUCGAAGCUUUCCUGACACAGAAGCAGAAGGUGGGCGAGCUGAAGGACGAUGACUUUGAGAAGAUCAGUGAGCUGGGUGCCGGCAAUGGCGGUGUGGUGUUCAAGGUCUCCCACAAGCCAUCUGGCCUGGUCAUGGCCCGAAAGCUUAUCCACCUGGAGAUCAAGCCAGCCAUCCGCAAUCAGAUCAUCCGUGAGCUGCAGGUUCUGCACGAGUGCAACUCGCCCUACAUUGUGGGCUUCUACGGGGCCUUCUACAGUGAUGGCGAGAUCAGCAUCUGCAUGGAGCACAUGGAUGGAGGUUCCUUGGAUCAAGUCCUGAAGAAAGCUGGAAGAAUUCCUGAGCAAAUUUUAGGAAAAGUUAGCAUUGCUGUGAUCAAAGGCCUGACAUACCUGAGGGAGAAGCACAAGAUUAUGCACAGAGAUGUCAAGCCCUCCAACAUCCUGGUCAACUCCCGCGGGGAGAUCAAGCUCUGUGACUUUGGGGUCAGCGGGCAGCUCAUCGAUUCCAUGGCCAACUCCUUUGUGGGCACCCGGUCCUACAUGUCGCCAGAGAGACUGCAGGGCACACACUACUCAGUGCAGUCGGACAUCUGGAGCAUGGGACUGUCACUGGUGGAGAUGGCGGUUGGGAGGUACCCCAUCCCCCCUCCAGAUGCCAAGGAGCUGGAGCUGGUGUUCGGGUGCCAGGUGGAAGGAGAUGCAGCUGAGAUGCCGCCCAGGCCCAGGACCCCCGGAAGACCCCUGAGCUCAUAUGGAAUGGACAGCCGGCCUCCCAUGGCGAUUUUCGAGCUGUUGGAUUACAUAGUCAACGAGCCACCUCCCAAACUGCCCAGUGGAGUCUUCAGUCUGGAAUUCCAGGACUUUGUAAAUAAAUGCUUAAUAAAGAACCCUGCGGAGAGAGCAGACUUGAAGCAGCUCAUGGUUCAUGCCUUCAUCAAGCGCUCUGAUGCUGAGGAGGUGGACUUCGCAGGUUGGCUCUGUGCCACCAUCGGCCUUAACCAGCCCAGUACCCCGACCCACGUGGCCAGCAUCUGAGCUGCGGCCCGGCCCAGACGUGCUCUGCCAGCAGCCGCUAUGCUCUGGCCUCUCCCUCGCUUCUCUUCAGACGUGCGUUUCACCUCCGACCAGGGUGCAGACACAGCAUGUGCCAAGCUGUAUUUGUGUUCCUUUUCAGUCUUUAUUGCCACCGUGUCACCCGAGUGGAUUUGCUUUGUGCUUAGGGCUGUUUGUGCUGAUGAUCACACACACGCAGAGCUGAACAGUGACACUUGGUGAUGUGGUUGUCACUGUUCUCACUCCAUGUGGCUGGCCUGUUGCCUCCAGUGUCUCCAGACUUGGGGAUGUCUGGUGGCACUUCCCCUGCCAGGGCAUCUCCUCAGCAGAGAGGGAGGCCUCUGGGCCCUUGUCCUUGGCAGUGCAAGUGACGCAUGCUGUGCUGCUGUGACUUGAGCAUCCUCAGAAAGUGGACAUUGUGUUCAUUUUUUUGCUUUUGGUGUAGAAUUCAGGAAUUUCCUCAAAAUCUAGCCAGAGCCCCUCACUGCCAUGGGAGCUGGGGCUUCACCAGUCUAUACCUGGUGAUCUGGAGACUUUGGGUCGGGUCUGUAUUUAUUUUUAAAUAUGCCAUGUGGGUACUUAGUGGUAUGUGUCUCUUUAGGUUUGGACUAGUGUUUCUAAAAGAAUGGAUUUAUUUUGAAUGUCACAAAUGGAUCAAGGCAUUAAAUGUGUCAGAUUUCUACCUUCUUCCCAAUCCAAAUACCAAUGCUAUUGUAAACAAUGUGUAUAGUGCCUAAAGAUUGUAUGAAGAUCCUUUUAAUCACUUUAAUCCAGAUGUUUAACAAAUCUAAUCUCUUAUUCUAAUAAAUAUACUGUCAGAUUUUAAAAAGGACAAAA